GUUAACAUUUUAAUUCUUAGGGGCAACAAUGUCUCCACGUUACCUGAAUUCGCGUUUACCUCCAAUGGGACCGAACUGGAGCUAGUCACUUUGCUCAUGUCUCAUAACAACAUUCAAACAAUUGAACCUUACGCAUUUUGGGGACUUCCUCGCCUUCAGCUGUUGGAUUUAAGUCAUAACCGACUCGUUGCUAUAUCCGAGAUGGCUUUUUAUGGGUUGGAAGGGCUGCGCUAUCUGCACCUGAAUGACACCCUCACAGCUUUUGGCGCAAGACAGUUGUCCAGCGCACUGUCCACUGAAAGUCUGCGCAAUCUCCACACGCUGGAGCUGUCAGGGAACCGACUGAAAGCGGUUCCCGUGGCACGACUUGACACACUUGAUUUACACACUCUGGUGUUGACUAACAAUUCCAUUGAGGUGAUAGAUGAAGAUAACGUCACAAGUUUUAACGAGUUCGGGAAACUUCACGUUUUCCUGGCUCAGAAUCCGUUUAGAUGCACCUGUGACAUCGAGACGUUUUACCACUGGCUAAAAAACUCGUCUCAGUGCCCAGACGCACCCCGGCUGCUGUGCGCUCAGCCCGACGGAAGAAGAGGUGUCCCCGUGGAGAAACUUCGCCAUGAGGACGUGGAUUGCCGGAGCGCGGAGUUAGAGGCAGUUUCUUAUGUCUUUCUGGGCAUAGUUCUUGCUCUGAUUGGAGUGGUAUUCUUGAUGGUGUUGUAUUUGAACAGAAAAGGUAUCAAACGAUGGCUAAACAACAUUCGCGAAGCUUGUCGCGAUCAAAUGGAAGUGUACCAUUAUCGCUACGAGCAGGAUUCGGACCCAAGGUUGGCCAACGUGGCGGUCUGAGGCUUGGCCAACCUUCCUC